AUGACAGGGCAGUCGAGUGUCUCUCAACCACCAGCUACUGAAACGACACCCCUCCUUUCCUCUCAUUCUGCAUCACAGCGGUAUUCGGUCUUCACCAAUGGAAAGAAACGCCUCAUCAUUCUUGCAGCUGCUUUGGCCUCGAGCUUUUCACCUUUCUCGGCCAACAUCUACUAUCCCUCUCUCAAUUCCAUCGCGGCAGACCUACAUGUUACCAGUUCUCAGAUCAACUUGACCAUCACCACGUACAUGAUAUGUCAAGGCCUCGCUCCGUCCUUCAUGGGCUCCUUCGCAGACCAAGCCGGCCGACGCCCAGCAUACAUCCUCUGCUUCGUCAUCUACAUCAUCGGCAACAUUGCCCUCGCGCUCCAACACAACUAUAUCGCUCUUCUGGUUCUCCGUGCCGUACAGAGCUGUGGAAGCAGCGGAACUGUCGCCCUCGCGUCUGCCGUGGCAGCGGACGUCAUCACAUCCGCCGAGCGAGGCAUGUACAUGGGUAUCACCUCACUGGGCAAUAUCCUAGCUCCAUCGCUUGGCCCAAUCCUAGGCGGGUUUCUUAGUCAGUACCUAGGCUGGCAAGCUAUAUUCUGGUUUCUUUCUCUCGCCGCAAUAACCUUCUUCAUACCGCUCUUCCUCUUCUUCCCAGAGACCUGUCGCGCCAUUGUCGGUGACGGGUCAUUUCCAGCUACAGGAUGGAAUCAAUCAGUCUGGAGCCGGUGGCACAAACGACAUGCUACUACUACCUCUAACUGCGACGUCAAAGGCUCCCCAGAUACCUGCCGCAACGCCCAUCUAGCGCCUCAAAAAAGAAGCAUCACCUUCCCGAAUCCCCUGUCCACACUCCGCCUCCUCUUCGAAAUCCCCACUGGCCCCCUCGUCCUCGCCAACGGUAUAGUCUUCGCAAGCUACUACUCCGUCACAGCCGGUAUCCCCUCCCAAUUUAAAGCAAUUUACGGACUCAGCGACCUAGGCAUCGGCCUCAGCUUCAUCCCAGCAGGCCUAGGCUCCCUCGUGAGCGCAACCUUCAACGGCCUUAUCGUUGACUGGAACUACAUCCGCCUCCGUCGCAAAAGCGGUGAACCCGUCUCCAAAGACCAGAAGCAAGACCAUGGCGCGUUUCCUAUCGAGAGGGCACGGUUGCAGAUCGGGCUCCCUAUGACGGUCGCAGCGGCACUUUCAGUCGCCUGGUACGGCGCACUGAUCGAAAGCAAACCGGCGCUGAGCGUCGCGCUGGCCCUCGUGUUCCUCAUCUCGUUCUGCAUCACGGCCGCAUACAACGUGAUGAACGUCCUCCUCGUGGAUCUGUACUACACCACGCCGGCCACCGCCAUGGCAGCCAACAACCUCGUGCGAUGCUUCCUGGGUGCGGCCGCAACGGCCGUCAUCCAUCCGAUGAUCCAGAAAUGGGGGAAUCAGACUACGUACUGGGCUGUGGCGGGGGCGAUCUUGAGUUGGGCUCUGCCUCCGGGAACUCCCAGUCUGCAAAUGCGAUACCCCUCGACCCCCUGGAUUUCCCCAGGCGAUACCAUCAAACAACCGGAUGCACUCCAGAUCCCAUGUAUCAGCACUUUGAACCUCAACACCGCGCGCACCUACCUCCUCCUCUUUGUCGACAUCGACGUGGUCUUGGAAUCGUGCUCGACUACAGUCUUACAUUGGUACCAGCCACACAUGACGGCAUCUGCUACCAGUCACUGCAACGACAAUGGAAAUGGAUGGCUAGUCAACAGAACUUCCAACGGAGCAGAAUACAUCGCGCCCCAAUCCCCACCAUACACACGCCAUCGAUACGUCUAUCUUCUCUACGAGCAGGACCCUGACUAUGUGUUUCCAGAAUGCUUUGGCCACAUUUUCCCCAAGACCAGAGAGGGACGAGGCGGGUUUGAUAUUAAACAGUUCGUCGAGGUUGGUGGACUGAGAGCGCCAGUGGCAGGGAAUUUCUUCUACGUCGACAAUGAUGCGGCAACGACGACAGCGGCAUCAGGAGGAUUAGUGCCCACCACAACGUGGUUCAGAUCGGCCCCAUGCAGGACUGAGGAACCAAAGAGCACAGGCUUCAUUCCCAUGGAGGCAAAUUACGAGGUCGGUCAACAGCAAGUGGUCAUAUAA